AUGGACCCUAUAAUUGUCUCCGCUCGUCAGAGAUACAAAGAGCCUAAGCACACGCCCAAGCCCAGCAGCUUGACGCCCUUCCAGAAGAAACUGCAGCAGAAUCCCUAUGCACACAUCCUCGCCUCUCCCGUUCGCAUGUGCGGUUCGACACAAGUGCGUCUUCCCUCCUUCUUCCACGUCGACCUGUAUACCAAGCUACAUCCCGAGACGCGCGACCCAUGGCUCCUCCCCACGACGCUCUCCGUCUCGUCGUUGGGGAAAAGAGUCGUCGACCAGGGCACUCCUCUCCGACUUCUGGGGAGACGCCGCAUCGUCCAAUACCUCGGCGUCAAGCGUAGAUGGUUGUACGCAAUGUCGCUGCGGCUGCGCGAGCAGCUUGGCGUACGUACGAGUAAAACUGUUUGGCGAGAGGAUAUGGCGGACCUCGUGCUCGAGCUGCUCAGAAACGCCGCGGUGAAAGAGCUGAAGCGGGUGUUUCAGCACAGCAACGCGAGUCUCGUUGUGCCGUACUCAAACGGCAUCGCGAGCGUCGAGGGCCAUGAUGGUGUCGCUUGCGUCCUGGAUCUCUCCGGCUCGACGACGAUGAGGCAGUUCGAGGCGGCAAGAGCGCGGAGCGAGAAGCUGGCGGAGAAGGGUGAUGAUCUUGUGGAGCAGGUCCGCAAGAUUCGAGACUGGAAGCGUACAAACCUCAAGGAACCUAUGCUCGGGUCUGAGCUUUCGGUCAACCCAGCACCACGACUCGCGCCUGCGGUCAAGAAUCCUCCGCUCCAGUUCGAAACGACGCAGUAUUGGGGGAGUGAGGUACCCAUCUACGACUUAGUAGGCCUUCUUGGAAAGGAUCGCGUCGUGGGGCUUCUGGCUGGGACUGCCUCUGUGGGCGCGGAAUACGCAGUUCUGAAGACGUCGAAGUUGACCGUUGCUGCGCAGACGUGGCUAUACAAGCUACAGGUUUACUUAGUCUGA